CAUUUAUAGAAAUAAGUCGUUUAAUGAAGGUCGCUCGAUAAGGAAAGACACUCAUUAGAGAAGUCCAUUCAUUUACUUAUGAUUUAUACUAUUUCAACAUUACUCAGUCGUAUUAGACCAAGUAUAAUAGUAUUCCGAUUACAACAAGGGUCGCCUGUGAGUGUUCUACAAGAAAGGUUUUCUCCAAAUUUUAAAAUAAAAAAUAUGUCUACAGCUAAAGGAAAACAAAUUUGCAUAGUGGGCAGUGGUAAUUGGGGUUCUGUAAUUGCAAAAAUUGUUGGCCAUAAUGUUCAAAACUUGGAGAAAUUUGAUAACAAAGUUACUAUGUAUGUAUAUGAAGAAAACAUCAACGGAAAGAAACUCACUGAAAUAAUAAAUGAACAGCAUGAAAAUGUGAAAUAUCUACCAGGUCAUAAAUUGCCUCCGAAUGUUGAAGCUAUUGCUGAUGUUGUAGAAGCAGCCAAAGAUGCUGACAUCCUUAUUUUUGUUCUACCUCAUCAAUUCAUAAAAGGAAUUUGCUCAACACUACUUGGAAAGAUCAAGCCAACUGCUAUUGCACUCUCUCUCAUCAAGGGAUUCGAUAGAUUAGAUGGUGGUGGUAUCGAAUUGAUAUCGCAUAUUAUUAAUCGCCAUCUGAAAAUUCCCUGUCAUGUUCUCAUGGGUGCUAAUUUAGCUAAUGAAGUAGCUAAUGAACAAUUUUGUGAGACAACCAUUGGCUGUAGGGACAGAAAAAUUGGUUCAAUGCUAAGGGACAUCAUCCAAACCGAAUACUUCAGAGUAGUAGUAGUUGAUGAUGAAGAUACAGUAGAAAUUUGUGGUGCACUCAAAAAUAUUGUAGCCUGUGGUGCUGGUUUUGUUGAUGGUCUUGGUCUAGGAGAUAACACAAAAGCUGCAGUCAUACGACUUGGCCUCAUGGAAAUGAUAAAAUUUGUAGAUGUCUUUUAUCCUGGUGGUAAAUUAUCUACCUUUUUUGAAAGUUGUGGAGUUGCUGACUUGAUAACAACUUGUUUUGGUGGUCGUAACAGGAAAUGUUCUGAAGCAUUCGUUAAAACAGGAAAGUCAAUAAAGCAGCUAGAAGAUGAAAUGCUUAAUGGACAGAAAUUGCAAGGACCAAUAACAGCAGAAGAAGUUAAUUUUAUGUUGAAAAGUAAAGGCAUGGAAGACAAAUUCCCCAUUUUUACCACAGUCCAUAAAAUCUGUACUGGAGAAUUGAAGCCUCAAGUAUUCAUCAACUGUAUAAGGGAACAUCCAGAGCAUAUUCUUGCCGAUGUCCUUUGAGCAUUUUCUAUUGGUUACGCAUAAAAAUUACCUAAUCACAUCUCUUUAUGUUACCAUGGAAUCAAUACUUUUUUUAUUAUUGAGGGUUUAUUAGAAUAUAGUCUGAAUGAUUUUUAUUAAUAAGUGGAAACAGCAAACAGAUACUUCAAAUGUUAAUCAACCCUUUUAAUAACAGAUAAUUAUUUUUGUGAUAAUUUCCUGCAUUUAAUUAUUUUUCAUCUAAUUUGCCUAAUACUCAAAAGCAAUAAAUCUUAAAGAAAAUCAUUCUUUUGAAUUGAAUUUAUUAUUUCAUUUUAAUUUUUCUCAUACGUAUAAACAUUGGAAUAUACAUAUCACUUUUUUUAGAGAAUUAGCAUUUGAUGUUUCUACAUUAGUAUGUAGUGACUAGAUAGUUUUGGUUUUUUAGAUAUUAGCUAGAAUUUUUUACUCUAAAAAACUUUAUUUCACAAAUUGGGUUCUAAUCUGCCAAAGUUCGUAUUGAACAUGUAUUCGAAUCAUUUAUCCAUUUCCAUUUUCAGAUACAUACCCAAACACAUAGCCUUCACCUAGAUCCUCCACAGAUCCCUUAAUCCUGAUAUAUAUCAUUUUGUUUCUUGUUGUCAGUUGUAUUUUGUUAAUCAUUAUCUUUUUUUAAAACAAUAAUUCCAUUUAUUGAAAGUUGUUGAAUUUGUUGUUAAAAGUUUUGUAUUUGUCAAUUUUCUUAAUAUAUGUUUGUUUUAUUGUGA